UUAGCUUUCUGUUGACAAAUGCCAAAGUGUUGGCAGUCAUGUUAAGCAAGAAACCACACAAAUUCUGAUAAGGAAAUUUAAAGAUGAAGAGGAAACUGCACAUCUGACCGGCAGAAGAGAGCUAUAUAAGAUUAAGCAAGUAAAUGAAGCUAGAAUGCUCAUAUGGACAACACAACAACUGGACAUGGAGCACGUACUGGUGGUGUUCAUGUUGCUCUGGAGCUCAGGUCUCCAGGGGAGGAAGAUCACACUUUUAAAGAGACUGAUGAUAUCCGCUUGGUGGGAGGAUCCAGCCGCUGUUCUGGUUUGCUGCAGGUGAAACGCCAGGGAGCUUGGAGACAGGAGGAUGACCGUGGCUGGGACCUGAAGUUAGCAGAUGAAGUUUGUAGACAUCUGGACUGUGGUUCUGUGGUUCGGGCUUCCUCAAGUUUUCAAAAACCUUCAUGGAGAAUCAAUCCUUCCUGUAUUAAUUUAAAAUCUAGACCGAGGAAAUGUUUGACAAAAAGGUCCUCACAUCUUCUUACCAGUUUGGAGAUCACCUGCUCAGACUCUGUCAGGCUGGUUAAUGGGACUAGUCUGUGUUCAGGCAGACUGGAGGUGAAGUCUAACCAGUGUGGUCCUCAGUGUGUGAAGAUGACUUUAACCAGCAGAUGCAGAGGUGGUCUGUAG